CCCACCUUGCAGCAGAAGAGACCAUCUUGUGGAACACCAACUCUGAAUUCUAGUCGUAGAGGUGGAGGCUUGCGUCGCAUUAAGGCAACAAGAAAUUAUCCAUCAUGUUCCCCAGCAUCUCACCUUGGAGGUCCUCCCGUUUUAUUUUCUACAGGGAAUAAAUAUAAACGGGAGCCAGGACCACGUUGAGUCCGGGGAUGGAUAAUUCCUCUUCGUUCUAAUCGCAGUGGCCCGUCUGUGGAUUCGUUGGUAGAUUUGGCAAGUGCAGGCGAAGAAGCGCUUCCACCCGCAGCGCGAUCAGCAUACGACGAGAUUUCUCUUUUUCCUCUUUUCAGCGAUGCAGCCUGCUCUUCCGCUGUUCAUCUUGGUAGAGGAGGUGAUGAUGGUCGUGAUACAGAUACAGUUCUACCAGAAGUACUAGGCAAGAACAUGGAGUUUCAGAUGGUGCGCGGAGGUGACUUCCAAUCGGCUGAUGGUCGUCUCGAAGUAGGUGGUGAUACGGAUACCAGG